GGGGCGGGGGCCCGGAUGGGGCGGACGCAGCGGGACGCGGACCCCCACCGGCCCCGCACACGCACCCGCACCCCACGCCCGGCAGCUGUGCCGACUCAGCAGACGGAGGUAGAGGAGCCGCCGCCUCGAAGGGCACCCGACGACGAAGGGCCUUCCCCAUCUGCCGGCCGGUCCCAGAUCUGACCGCCCCCCGCCAAGUGAUGCACCAUGCCUAUAGUGGACAAGCUGAAGGAAGCCCUGAAGCCCGGCCGGAAGGACUCGGCCGACGACGCCGAGCUGGGCAAGCUCCUGGCCUCUUCCGCCAAGAAGGUGCUCCUCCAGAAGAUCGAGUUUGAGCCGGCCAGCAAGAGCUUCUCCUACCAGCUGGAGGCACUCAAAAGCAAAUACGUGCUGCUGAACCCCAAGUCCGAGGGCGCCGGCCGCCACAAGACCUGGGAGGAUGCCCCCGUCCGGAGACAGGGGAGCGACCACGGGCUGGGAAGCAGCAGCGGCGGGGACGGCGUGCCAGCCCCCCAGAAAGUCCUCUUCCCCACGGAGCGGUUGUCCCUGAGGUGGGAGCGGGUCUACCGCGUCGGGGCGGGCCUCCACAACCUGGGCAACACCUGCUUCCUCAACUCCACCAUCCAGUGUCUGACCUACACGCCCCCCCUCGCCAACUACCUGCUGUCCAAGGAGCACAGUCGCAGUUGUGCCCCGGGAGGCUUCUGUAUGCUCUGCGUCAUGCAGAACCACAUGAUCCAGACCUUCGCCAACAGCGGGAAUGCCAUCAAGCCUUUUUCCUUCAUCCGAGACCUGAAAAAGAUCGCCCGGCACUUCCGCUUCGGGAGCCAAGAGGAUGCUCACGAGUUCCUACGCUAUACGAUCGACGCCAUGCAGAAGGCCUGCCUGAACGGCCACGCCAAGUUGGAUCGGCAAACCCAGGCCACUACUCUGGUUCAUCAGAUUUUUGGAGGAUAUCUCCGUUCUCGUGUGAAGUGCUCGCUGUGCAAGAGCGUCUCGGACACGUAUGACCCCUACCUGGACGUGGCUCUGGAGAUCAGGCAAACGGCCAACAUCGUGCGGGCCCUGGAGCUGUUUGUCAAACCGGACGUCCUGAGCGGAGAGAAUGCGUACAUGUGCGCCAAGUGCAAGAAAAAGGUGCCGGCCAGCAAGCGAUUUUCCAUCCACCGGGCCUCCAACGUCCUCACCCUGAGCCUCAAGCGCUUCGCCAACUUCUGCGGGGGCAAGAUCACCAAGGACGUGGGCUAUCCGGAAUUCCUCAACAUCCGGCCGUACAUGUCUCAGAGCAGCGGGGACCCGGUGAUGUACGGGCUCUACGCGGUCCUGGUCCACUCGGGCUACAGUUGCCACGCCGGGCACUAUUACUGCUACGUCAAGGCCAGUAACGGGCAGUGGUACCAGAUGAACGACUCCUCCGUCCAUUCUAGCAACAUCAAAGUGGUCCUGAACCAGCAGGCUUACGUGCUGUUCUAUCUCAGAAUUCCAGGGUUCAAAAAGAGCCCCGAGGGCCCCAUCUCCAAAGCCCCCCCGACCCCCGCCAACCGAACCAACAGCAUCGGCCCGGACCACGUCAAGAAGAUCAUCAGCAACGGGGCUCUCUCGUCACCUCUGAUCGGGAAGCGGCAGGACGGCGGGCCCAGGAAGAAGCCCCAGGUGACGGAGGAGACAGGCGUGGUGGUGCCCAGGAGCAGCGUGACGGCGGGGCCCAGACCGCAGAACGGAACACCUCAGUCGAAGCUCCCGCCCCGGUGCCCGUCCCCGAAGCCGUCGGCGAAGCCCAGUCCCGCGAGCCCGGAAGAGCCGGGCAAGAAGGUCAAGAAGCCGGUCCCCCUGCAGCGGUUCCCCGCGGGCCCCAACGGCACGGGCGAGCCGUGUGGCAGUAAGCCUCAGAGCCGCCGGCCGGGGUCCUGGGAAGGCAGGGAAGCGGCCCCGGCCUCCUCUCCGCGGCUCCCGGAGGCGACCGCGGUCAACGGGCACGGCCCCAAGGGCGCCGGCGGCAGCGGCGGCGGCUCGGACCCCGACGGGGGAGAUUCCAGCAGCUCCAGCCCCGAGCGCUCUUCCGGCAGCGACGCGGGGGCCCGGGGCCCGCCGACACCCAGGGGCGGAGCGGCCCGCUUCCGCCCGCCCCGGGAAACGGACCCCCCCGCCGGCGAGCGGACCGAGGAACCGCCCGGGGGAGGGGACCCCAAGGGGGCCAAGUCGCCGUCUUCGCCGCCGACCAACACGGCGGCCGUCGAGCCCGCCAACGCCAUGUCGCCUCCGCCGGCCAAGAAGCUGGCCCUCUCCGCCAGGAAGGCCAGCACCUUGCGGAGGGCGACCAGCAAUGACCUCCGUCCACCUCCCCACCCAUCCAUCGCCGACCACACCUACCCCACGAAAACCACCCACCUUGUCUUCGCCUCUCCUUGGCCUGUCAGUAAAGCCAGGGCCGACUCCCCUCCCAAGUCAUCCUUGAGUCUGCCUUCCAAGUUUACCUUCUGCAGCCCCCCCGCGCUCAAAGCCUCAACCCGGCCCUCCUGCUGCUCUCCUGCCUCCGCCCCCCAGCCUCAGGUCAACGGGGACCCAGGGUCCCCUCCCCCCCAGCGGCAGCAGGGAGCCAGCCCCGCCCCACCCAGCUUCUUGGGGAAGAAGAGGAACCGGCAUUCCGGGGAGACCGAGUCCCAGAGCGGCCCGGAGGCGGAAUCCUCUCCGGGAAACGGACAGGGCACGGAGCCCCGUCAGGGCAAGAAGAGGAGGAGGAGGAGGAGGCACGGGGAAGACGGGCACAGACGCCCGGCCGCCGGCCCGGAGUCCCUAGCGUGGGAGGACCGGGCAGGGAGAGGGGACGGGAGCCGAGGGGCCCGGCGGGAGGCCGAGCCGGAGUCCCGGGACGAGAAUCAGGAGCCCGGCGGCAGCCAGGUGGGAGACAGGACGGACGCCCAUCGCCACAGGAGGAGGAAGAAGAGGAAGGAGGAGGAGCAGGAGGAAGAGGAGGAGCAGGAGACGACGGACGAGGCCUCCCACCACCAAAGUAGAAAGAAGAAGAAGAAAAAGAAGAGGAAGCAAGAAGAACAGGAGGAAAGCGGUGACCCUAGCCAGCAGCCAAAUUCGGACAGCAGCUCGGUUCAGGCGGAGACCCCGGCGGAGGCCCCGAAGAAGAAUAAGAAGAGAAAGCGAGAUUCAGAGCAGGAAGCGGAGGAAAGCGAGCCGCGUCCGACACCCAGCGGUGCCCUCUGCGAGGAUGGCGACCCGCUGGGGACUGCCGACGGCCUGCGGCCCAGAGUCAACGGGCUUGGGAAGGAGAAGGUCCCCCAGUCCCCCGCAGAGGAGCAGAACACAUCCAGCGUGCUCCAGGAGCUGCUCAGGUAUUCGUCCGACAGAGCCUACGGAAAACAAGUCCUGACCUGGAGCGGGGAGAUCUCGGCCGUGAGUCAGGAUGCCAUCCAGGACAGCAGAUUGGCUCGGAGUGAGAUGGUGAUUGACGACUGGGAUGAGGAAUUUGACCGGGGGAAGGUGAAAAAGUUCAGGAAGUUCAAGCCGGAGAAGAAGCGGAACUUCAACGCCUUCCAGAAGCUGCAGAGUCGUCGCAACUUUUGGUCCGCGACCCACCCGGCGAAGGCCAGCAGCCUCAGCUACCGGCGCUGACGCCACCGGGACCGGAAGAUCCCGCCGCUUCUUCUGGACUUGACCGCCCACCUGUCCCACCGGGAGGGGAGACCGUGGCCUGGGCCCCUGCCUCUCCCAGGCCCUCGCACUGUCCCGGUCCACUGUGGGAGGAAACUCUGAGCUGCUGUCAUAGUCUGCCUCGUCUCCCCCGGGGCAGAGGUCCUUAAAAGCCCGGAAGCCCAAGCAGUGUCGUCCUCGUGAUGUUGCCAAGAAAGACCGCGGCGAAGGUUGUGUUUCCGGAGAGGACGGGGGCGGGCGGGGUGGGUGGCACAGAGGGUCUCACCUUUGGUCCUGGGGUCGCCGGAGAGGCGCCAUUUGGCGAGAGCGGGGUGGGUUUGAUCAGAACCGGGGAUUUUUAUUAGUGUUUUGCCUCCCCGGGGGGUGAUCCGAAGGAAAUUAGGGGUCUGGGAAGAGGGGCAGCGGGGUUACCGCAGGACUGAUGGCAAGGGGCCGGUGCGAGUCCCUCCCAGAAUUUCCCUCGGGCCUACGGUGAUCCCGAGCGGUUGGCUUUGGAGGCCUUCCACUCGGACGCCGUCCUGGCCCCAAUCCGAGCUGGGUUAGGGGAGCCCGGGACACCUCGCCGUCUGGCACUAUCGGGCCCACCCUGACCUCGGGCGGAAACGGGGCCGCAGCCGCGCGGCGGCAUGAACGAUGGAGGCCGUCCCGCCCCCCCCAGUUGGUGGCCCUGGGGCCAGGCGGGGCUCACCUCAGCGCAAGGAACCAGAACCUCAAGUCUCUCUCCUUUCCUGGUGACGCCCGCUUCCCUCUCGUCCUCCUCGGGAAUCACGCUCGGAGCCGGGAUUCACAGGUCAUUCGGGGUCCCCGUCCCGUCUCCCCUUCCCGGGCUUCUUGCUCCAAGAUUGUGUCCCCCCGCUUCUCCCGGCUGAGUUGGCUUCACCCUCCCCUCUGCCUUCCAAGUCCCCCGCCACCGCCGGAUCGGAGGCGAAAGCCGGACACGGCGCGAACCUUGUCGGCAAAGGUUUGGUAGAAGGUGGCCAAUCGCGGAUGCUCCUGGCCCUGGGCAGGAGGGUUUCAGGGGUGGGCGAGGUCCCGCAGCGGCCAUGGAGCGAAGAUUGGCCACUGUCCCCGUGACUCGGUUGUCACCUUCCAGUGGAGGGUGGAGAAAACUCGGCCACAUUUUGCUCGCCGCCCAUCUCCCUGGCGCCCUUGGCUCCCCCCUCCGAUUGUGCCCCAGCCUGGCGGUUGGGUCCCCUUAGUCUGAAACACCUUUCCACGUCUUCCGCUGACGUCCCUUCAUCUGUUCCUCGCUCUCCGCCAUCCUCCCGUCCGUCUCCCGCCCCUUCCAAGACACUUCCCCGACGGCAUGACUCGUCCAAAGCGUUUUUACCAUCGCCCAUUUGCAAGCAAGCCCCUUCCUCCACCAAGCCGGUCGGGGCAGGGUCCUCCCCCGGAAAUCAAUUCAUCCACCGUUAGAUGACUGACAUGUACAUAUACAUAUACAUAUAUAUAUAUAUAUAAUAUAAAACAAUAAAGCUUUUAUAAUAGCGGUCGUCCAACUGGCAUAGAAUCU